AUGGGCGACGCUCAGUCUGCGCACCGCGACGCUGAAGCGGCAGAGGAGCGGAGCGGGGACGCGCGGGACGAUGAGCAGGAAACUGGAGACAAGCCUCUCAUAAACAACGGACAGGUCUCUGAGAUCAGUGGGAAAGCAGAAAGCUCGAUAGCCGAAGUGAAUGGUCUCUGUGAGGAGCAGAUUCCUGCAGAGGAUUUCCUUUCACCAGAGAAGGAUGAUUCAGAAACAGAAAAGCCACUCGAAGAAGAAACACCUUUAGAAAAUGUUGAAAUAAGUGAAAAGGAAUCGCCUAAUGAAGCUGAUGCUGAUGAAGACGUACCUAUGGAAAUAAUUGAAAUGGAUGCAAAGCAGAAUGACAUAAAUGAAAGUUUCAGGAGAUUUUUCAGCAACAUUGGUUUGAAGUUGACGGUAAAGAGUGGCUCAGGUGACGUAGCAUCAGAUGACACCGACAAGGAAGACCCACACAGACCAGAAGACAUUGAAGAUACAACAAAGGAAACCACAAGUGAGAAUCCUGAAGAAAAUACUGAUCUGAACAUGGCUCAGGAGACGUAUGACAAUGACUCAACAACAUGUCCUACCCUGACUGACGUUACACCGGAGGACGCUCCACAAAAUGCGGAGGAGAAAACAACAGAAACCAAAGAGGAAGUUGAGUCUGAUUAUGUAGAUGCAGAAAUGCCAGUAGAAGAAGAUACACAGCAGGAUGCCACACCUGAAGAAGAACCAGAAUCUCCUUCUGGUCCCGAAGAGGCGGAGGUCGUGUCUCCAAUUAAAAGAUUUUUCACUACUGGAAUCUUUUCUGGACUACGAAAGAAAAAGAAGCUUCCAGAAGAGGAGACAGCUGACAAAGAACUGGAGGACCUGGGGAAAAAGGAGGUUGUAGAGACGGCAGAACAAACUGAACAAGACCAAAAACAGGAUAAAGAGGACAUCCGUGAUGAUGUUGAAGCAGCUGCAGUUGAGACAGAACAUAAAGAACUGAAAGGGGAUAAGAUGCCUGCAGCUCAGAUCCCGGAUCCUCUGACCAUCAUCGUCACUGAGCCUGAAAUCCUGAGUUCUCAAGAGAAGGAAAAAGUUCAAGCAAGUCCUCUGAAAAGGCUGUUUUCAGGUUCUAGUUUAAAUAAACUACCCAGAAAGCAAAGGAGCAGGAGAUCAAGUGAUGCAAGGAUGUCUGACUCUGGAGAACAUGUUUCUGAUAAAGUCAUAUUAUCGACUGAGUCAGUUGAGAAUCAGAAAGGAGAAGUUCGUGCACAGUCCUCUGCAGAAGAGGAGGAAGGUGCAUGGGCUUCCUUCAAAAAACUGAUGACUCCCAAAAAGCUCAGGAAGAGACCGUCAAUUAGUAAUGAAGAGACUAAAAUCAAAUGUUUAGUCGAAGAAUCAAAGCCAGUUGAAGGAGGGCAAAUAUCAGAUCACAGCACAGAAGAAGGCAACAAACGAAAAGACUCUUCUGUUUCAUGGGAAUCUGUUUUGUGUGGAUCUGGAAGGAGAAGAAGCCGUAAAACAUCCGACUCUGAGGAGGAGACACCUCAAAAUAAUAACGAUAAAAACAAGCAAGACACUGGAUCUAAAGGUGGUGCAGAGUCAGGGCUCGAAAGCUCUCAUGAGGUUGAUGAAAGUGUAAGUCCUUCAGAGGGGGAUGCAGGGUCCACAUGGAAAUCGUUGAAAAGACUUGUCACCCCGAAAAGGAAAGCAAAGGAUGAAGAUGAGAGCAAAGACGGAGUACAAUCUGAUAGUGAAUCUACUCAAGAUGAGUCCUCCUUCUCAAUAAAGAAACUUCUACCUGGCAGAAAGAAGAGAAAAUCUACCGAAAAGCAUGACCAAGUAUCUUCAGACGAGGCGGAUAAGGACGUUGCUUCAGAAGAUGAAGACUCGGAAACACCAGCUAUUGUUCCUUUGUCUGAGUUUGAUAUAGUUGAGACAGCGGUUCAAAUACAAACACAGGUAGACAUAGAGAGGCGUAUUCCCAAGGAAGCAGACCAUGAAGUCCAGCGAGACCUCCUUGAUCAGAAGGCCGAGCCAGUCCUACAGGGGGUCUGUCUGCAAGCUGAAGCAAACAAAGUCCAAGACAAGGAAGAUGCUUUAGAGAGCAAGGCGCUUACAAAUCCUGCUACAAAUGAAGAAUCUGAUGAUACAGAAUCACUCAGUAAACCACAGCUCAGUGACAUCCCAGAGGAGGCCACCCCAGCUUCUGUCACCGAGGACGCAGCUAGAGAUGACACUAUCGCAGAGGACCUGAUAGAGAUCACAUCCGAGGCCAUUACUGCGCCAGAGCCUUUGGACAUCACCCAGGAGGAUGAAACUGAAAUGAUCUCUGCAGUUUCCCAGUUAUCUUCAGAGUCUUCGAAAACAUCUGGCAACACGACACCAGUUCCAGCCGAAUAUGUCGUGAAGGAAACAGAUGCACUUCUGUAUCAGGUUGUUGAAACCAUUUCGAUUAGCCCAAAGCAAGUUCCAGUUUGUUCAGAUGAUGUGAGAUCUAAUAGAGUGGUUGUUUCCGUCUCGCAUCAAAUAAUGGACACAAUUGUAAAGAAAGGGCAGACAGUUCUUGAAACACACAAAGGAUUAGAUGCAACUGACAGUAACCCAGAUCUAGAUGUUGAAGAACUGGAAGCAGUUGACAGACUUACAGCUAGCGCCCAAACAGAGAGCAUCUCUGAAGUCAAUGACUCUGUUUCCACAGAGAUCGUAUCUGAAGUUCAUACAGAGGAGUUUGACACUGCUGAUAUUGCUUUGGAUGAUGUACAUGAGGUUGAUGUUACACAUCCGGAACACAGCCUUAAAGAACUAGAAAGUAUUGAUGAGAUCUCUCAGCUGGGGGAAUGCCUAUCAGCUGCUUCUACAGAUAUACUCCCUCCAGGUGAAGAAAGGGUCCUGGAGGAAGGAUCUCUAGUUGAGGCACAUCUAACUGGAACAGAAGCUGAGGAAACCAGGGAUGAGGCUAUGGAGCAGGAAGUCCAAUCUCUGACAGAAAAGGAAGAUCUUAUUCACAAUGUCACAGAUCAAAUUCAGGUUGAGGAUAAAGAUGAACCACCAGCUGAGGCCAAGGAGAAGCAGGAGUUGGAUCCAGAGGAGGGUAGUGUUCAAUCCCCUCAAAAGGAUAUUAUAUCAGAAGACAUACCAGCAGCGGAAACACAUGAACACAAAGAGGAAACAUUGCCCCUUACUGAGGUCAACGUUGAGCCAGAGAAGGAAGAUGAACGAGAAACAGAUGUUGAAGAACAGGAAGCAUCAGAAGCUCUGCAAACCUCCACAUUGGUUUCAGAGGAGGGCAGUGAUCAAUCACCAACAGAGGAAGUAAGAUCAGAGGACUUUCCUGAAGCGGAACCUGUUACAGAUCAACUCAAACAGACAGAAGAGUGCCUCGCUGAAGUCAGUGUUGAGCCAGAAGAACCAAAAGAGGAUUUAUUACCUCUAACUGAAGGCAAUCUUGAGCAAGUUGAGGCUUCCAGAACAGUUGAAGAAGUAUUAGAAGCUGAAAAAGCAUCUGCAUCAGCUUCAGAGCCAGUGGAGGCUUCCAAAACUGGAGAUAUUCAAGAACCAGAAGAAGUGCAAGCUGUAAAAGAAGCAACAUCUGAUUCAGAUAUGGGUAGCAUUCCAUCAAUUGAAAAAGAGGUAGUAUCUGAGGAUGUUCGUGAACAAAAAACAAUAUCAGAUGAACCCAAAGAGGAAACAAAACCUUGCACUGAAGCCGAUAGUGAGGAUACUUCCAAAACAGUUGGACAACAAGAAAUAUUAGAAGCUGUCGAAACACCUGCAUCAGAUUCAGAGGUGGGUAGUCCUCAAUCGUUUGUAAAGGAGGUUAUCUCAGAAGAUAUUCCAGUAGUGGAAACAGAUAAAGAUGAACCCAAACAGGACGAUGAAGUUGAGCCGGAAGAAAGACUACCAGAGGAAGCUGCCAAAACUGAACAUGUCCAAGAACCAGAAGAUAUAGUGACUGAAACAAAAGCUGAUGAAGGAACAUCAAUGGAUGUUCAGGAGGUCCUGGAAGAUAUUGAGGGAGGUAAUGCUAAGGAGGAGAUAUUAAUAGCAGAUGUUCCCAAACCAGACGUUGACCAUGUCAUUGCUUCAGUUACAAAUGGGAUUGAAAAUGAAGUUGUGGCCCAACUGGAUACUUCUUUAGAGACGGCAGAGGAUCAGAGAUCAGAAAGUAUCCCACAGGAUGUCGUGGUUGAGCCGGAAAACUGUGUACUUGAAGUUGUAGACGAGUUACAAACAUUGACAGCAGUUUCUGUAUCCCUUGUUAUUGAGGAAACAAGUGUUCAGGUCCUGGAAAAGACCGUAUUUACCGAACAACCCCCAGCGCUGUGUGAAGACACCGCUAAAGUUACCAAUGAGCCAAACCAUGAAGUGCAGCUCGGUGCAGUGCAAGCCACUGUUGAGACAGAAAAAGAAAGUGAACUUCCAGGCACUGAGACAACAAAUGCAUUUGAGCAUGCAGUCGUGGCACAAGUAGUCGUAUGCAAAGAUGCCUCAGUUGCAAUACCUGAUGUGUUGGUACAGGAAACCUCAGCUAUCCCUGAACCCUCGAUCAGUAAGGUGGCAAGUGAGCAAGAGUUCAAGGAUGAGAUAGAGACUUCCACACCGUUACUGAAAGAUGAAGCAGAUGAGAAAGUAGAGGGAGGCAGCGUGGUGGUAAUGAUGCAUGUGCCAUCUGUCGAGUCUGAGGACAAUCACAGAAUUCAAGUACAGGUGGUGGACGUUGAUGUAAAAUCAGCCGAGACAAUUCGGGACUCAGUGCUAGAGGUAGGGGUCACAGAAGACGAGGAAGUCAUCGAUGUUUGUCAUGAAACAGUCACAAAGGUAGAGGACCUCUCAGCAACUCCAGAGAUUGAAGAGGAACUAACUAACGAGGAACUCAAGGUGACCAUUGAAGAAGUUGUUCCACACGUAAAGGAAAACUUACCAGAACCUGAAUCAGUGGUGGAACAAGAAGGCGUGAAUCAGCCAGAAGCUGUCAAAGAAGUGGUUCAAGGUGAAGUUGAGGCCCCAAAAGCAAUGGAGGAUAAUAGUGAAACAUUUAGAGAAAGACAAGAAGAAGCACCUACUGUUGUCAGUGAUGUCUCUGCACCUGAACAAGUAUCCAAGGAUCUUGUUCCAAAUCAACCAGAGAGUUCAGAUACCGCCAUCAUCGAAGAGAAACAGGAUUUGGAGGAAACUAAAGUUGAACAGGAAAGAUGCAAAGCAGGGGUUGUAGUAGAAGAGGUCAAAUUGGAUCAAAUAAUUCAUGAGGAAGCUCAAAUGAUCCAGAGUCCGUUUGUAACACAUGGUAACGCUGGAAUAGCUACCCCACAAAACACUGGGAUCAUCUCGUCAACAAGUAACGUCAUCGAAUCCCCUUCAAGUGUUUCCAUUGAAUUCAAACUCAACAUACAGUACAGACGAGCGAGUUCACAAACUCCAGACGUGUCGGAGGUCAGAGUUCAGGCAGUGGAGGAACCUGUGAAUCAAAUACAAAGAGAUGAGAGCGAGAUACAGAUAAAAGAGAGUGCUGUUCAGGCAACAGAAAUCACAGAACCAGCGGGAGCCUCAGAUCCAACAGAAAGAGCCGUCAUCACGACUCCUCCUGUCCUCCUGGAUAUCCACAUCCAAGCAAUGGAAACUGUAGAAGCGCUGGAAGAAAUCAAACCAACGGAGAGAGGGAGCUCUAGUGUCCGGGUGGCAGAAACCAUGCAACCUGUGAAGCAAACCGAGCAAAGAGGAGUGUCUCAAAGUCAGCCGGUUAUCUCUGUAGCUGGUGCCCAACAAGUGGAGGAGCCAGUCAAAGCACAGGAGGAGGAACAUGAGCAGGAUGUGUGGAUGGAUGCGGAGGAAGACAUUCAGGAGGAAACAGAGGAGACGAGGAAGAGGAGAAGGCAGGACUUGAGUUAG